AUGGCUCAAUCCCCUGCUGAUAGUUGGGAUGUAGCUGGUGUCCAGGAAUGGACACCAAUUAGUCCCAACCACGAACAGCCCUCACGUUCUCCCAGCCUUGAAAACAUGCAGGCGGAGAAUGAAGAAGAGACUAACAAAAUUCUCAAGCUUGAAAGCAUCAUUAGAAAACUCGAGAGAGAUCUGGUGGAGGAGAAACGCAAAGCCGAGGAAGCUGUGGAUCGUGCACGGGACACCGUAAGUGGGAGAACCCACUUAUGGGCAACUUGUGAUACCCUGCGGGAUGACUGUAAGGAGAAAGAUCGGCACAUCCAGUCGUUGCAGUGGCAACUGGACAAAGAGAGGGCCAGAUAUGAAAAGAAUUCGGCGAGUGAUCGCCAACUUCACGGGGAAUUACAAAGGGAAAUGCUCACGUUAGGAGAGGAUUUAUAUACCAUACGUUCGGUGUUUAACAACGUUGAAAGCCGGCGCCUGAUGCGCUAG